AUGGGAAGCAAAGCUCUUCCAGCCCCCAUCCCGCUGCACCCGUCCCUGCAACUCACCAACUACUCCUUUCUCCAGGCUGUGAACACCUUCCCCGCAGCUGUGGACCAGUUGCAAGGUCUGUAUGGACUCAGCGCCGUGCAAACCAUGCACAUGAACCACUGGACAUUGGGCUACCCCAAUGUGCACGAAAUCACUCGCUCCACCAUCACGGAGAUGGCGGCCGCCCAGGGCUUGGUGGACUCCCGCUUCCCUUUCCCUGCGCUCCCCUUCGCCACGCACCUCUUCCACCCUAAGCAAGGGGCCAUCGCCCACGUCCUCCCAGCCUUGCACAAGGACAGGCCUCGCUUUGACUUUGCCAACCUGGCCGUGGCCGCCACGCAGGAGGACCCCCCCAAGAUAUUCUGCGGCAGGCCCUUCACCAAGCCCUACAACCUCCUCAUCCACGAGCGGACCCACACGGACGAACGGCCCUACACCUGCGACAUCUGCCACAAGGCUUUCCGGAGGCAGGACCACCUGCGGGACCACCGGGCGGACAGGCAGUGUGCCCGUCUGCCCGAGGCGGCUUCUCGCUCGUGUCCCACACCGAUGUUUCAAGUCGAAUCUCCACACAAAUGUCCCACAUGUGGAAGAACCUUUAAUCAAAGAAGUAAUCUGAAAACUCACCUUCUUACCCAUACAGACAUCAAGCCCUACAACUGUGAGCAGUGCGGCAAAGUGUUCAGGCGAAACUGUGAUCUUCGGCGGCACAGUCUAACUCACACCCCGCGGCAGGACUUCUAG